AUGUUAAUUUUCCAUACAGACGAAAAGGUCAAGGCUGCCUUCAGAAAAGCAGCGCAGUUAUGGAGGGACGACACGUGCAUUGAUAUCGAAGAAUACGAUUGGACUAAACCGGGUUUUCGUACUUCGAAUUUCCUUGACGUCGAACCUGGAGAUGGAUGCGUUUCGCUUGUUGGUAAACCAAAACCAGGUCCGCAGAAUAUCACGCUCGGCGAAGGCUGUGGAACGGUAUGA